GCUUUUGUCGCCGCCGGCAGCGCCGAGCCCGGCCGGAUUCCAAGUCGUUUUAUCAAAGCCUGCCAUGCAGCGGCUCGUGCAGCUGCCGCGCUUGGCCGUGCGCUUCCAGAGAUCCGUCUUUCACGCUCGUCAUCUCGGUGCAGUCGCAAGGGCGUCCGCCUUCAGUACUGGCCCCACUUCUUACGAUGCACCGCGUGCGUCGUUGAGCGCUCCGCCAGCGGCGCAAGCCGCCAAGCUUCCGGCUGAACAGUUUACCACCUUGGUGGGCAAGGAGAAUGCUGCGGCUGUGGCGCUCCUCGAGAAACACACCCUUCCAGCUCGACUCGUGCAGCGCCUGGUCACCUCAGCCUCAUCGCGUCAGGAAACGUCCAUCAUCGCCCGCAUCUUUACACUGGCUUGUCAGCGAAACAUGAUUUUGCCACGCCUGAGCUACAACGAGAUGCUUCGUGCCGCGAUUUUGGGCCAAGACUUGUCGCUGAGCCGUGCCAUUCACGCUGAAAUGCGCCGCCGACUCGUGCCACCCUCUACCAACAACGUGUAUGCUUGGAUCGAUGCUGUUUUGGCAACCACUGCGUCUUUGGAUCACCCUGAAACAAUGACAGUUCUCCAAGAGCUGGCACACUGGCCUACGGCCUUGUCCUCGCGUCGAGUUUACGCAUCAUUGCUGAAUCACGCCCACACACCGGAGCAGAUUGCGGCCUUGGUCCAGGACAUGGAGAAUAACAACGUGCUUUCCUCCACUUUGCUGAGCACGGCACAACAGCGGGCCCUGCUGUUGACAGAACAGAUGCCAGAGCCACCUUUUAAGCUCUUCCUAGCUCUUCAUCGCGCCCAGAAACGGUGUCGACUGCGACCAGACGCUGCCAGUAGUAUGGACAUUAUCAAAGUUACUGCCCGUCACCCUCAACUCCUUGGUACCCUGGGCUACUUGUACCGGGACUUUCGCCGAAGUCAAGCGAUGGUCUCAAACCCGGAUGAUCUGAGCCAGCUUAUCGCGACCGUGGCGGCCACCGUCAGCCCGGCUCGCCGUGACACGAUGGACAA